UAACUUCAAAAUUUGUUUGCUUACAGCGGUUCCUCCCUUCUCUUUCCAACGGUGAUCUCCCUCCGCCGACCACGAUAUUCGACCACCUCCUCUCACCUCUCACCGAUCUCCUUCAUCCUCUCUCCUCUCACCGAUCUCCUUCCUCCUCUCUCCUCUGGUGACCGCCGAUGACAUCUCCUCUGUGGUGGCGAUUUGUUUGAUUUUGUGGGUAUUCAUAGUGUUCACCAGCGAAUCAAACGGAAAUUGAGCCCAAGGAUGGAAGAAUACGACAGAAGCUUCUGUUAAGAUUUGUGCAAAUAAACAACAUGAAUGCAAGAUGCCCCUCAUUGGGUUUGCUUCUGUGGUGAUAAGUUGAAAUGACCACGAUCGAGACCGCCAUGGAUAACCCAAAGAAACUCGACAAUCUUAAAAACCCUAAGUUUCAGAAUUCGGCUUCUGCUUCUCCUUCUCCUUCUCCUUCUGGGUUCAGGCGAUGGGGUAGGAAAUCACCGUUUGUCAGAUAUGGGCUUCCCAUGAUUUCGCUCACGGUGUUUGGAGCGAUUGGCCUCGGUCAUCUCUUGCAAGGCAGCAAGGAUAUAGCCAAAGUAAAAGAUGAUCAGGAAUGGGAGAUCAUUGAGACAAGAAAAGCACUUUCGAGAAUAGGACCGGUGGAUGCAUACAACCCGAAGAAGAUAUCAUUGGAGGAGGAGCUAAAGGCAUUGCAAGAGAAGGUUGACAUUAAUAACUACGAGUACAAGAAGAUUCCAAAGCUAAAUGAAGGGAAUUCAGGCUAAAAGGGAAGUUCUUUCAUGGUUUCCCUGCACUGGCUGAUAGAGGUUUCAGAAUUUUAAUUUUCAUUAACCUCAUCAAAUAGAAUAGUGGGGAAUGGAAGUUUGUAAUGGGGGCUUGAGGAGAGUUGCUGAAUAUUGAUGUUUCUCAAUUUGUGGUUUGUUGAUAUUUGCUUGUACUAUGGCUUAAUAUUUGAUGACAACUAGGCUACUUUUUUAUCCAUAAAUAUUUACAUUUCUUAUA